AUGAACCUUUUAACUUCAGAGAGUUAUGUUGUAAGAGUUGAGCAAGGCGUCACGUCCUUGUUGCGCCUGCUGCACGUUGGCUCUACUCUUGCUUUCUCGCUGCCCUCCAUUGCAUCGCCAUGCCCCAGCGCCGUGUCUGCCCAUCCCUUUCCCUCAAGGCGUGUGGAGUGCAGCCCUCUGGCGUGGCAGCGACUGCAGAGGCUGGAGGCGGCAGUGGUGGCCUCGAGAGAGCAGGGAGGGCAGCGGGAUGGCGCACGCCACUCACGCGCUGCCGUGUGCCUGCCCUGCGCAUGCCCUGCUCACCCCUCACAACCCCCCAGAGCAGCGGCGCCUCUCCCUCGCAACCCCCCAGAGCAGCGGCGCCUCUCUCUCACAACCCCCCAGAGCAGCGGCGCCUCUCCCUCACAACCCCCCACAGCAGCGGCGCCUCUCCCUCACAGCCCCCCAGAGCAGCGGCGCCUCUCCCUCACAAACCCCCAGAGCAGUGGCGCCUCUCCUUCACAACCCCACAGAGCAGCGGCGCCUCUCCCUCACAACCCCCCAGAGCAGCGGCGCCUCUCCCUCACACCCCCCCAUAGCAGCGGCGCCUCUCCCUCACACCCCCCCAGAGCAGCGGCGCCUCUCUCUCACAGCCCCCCAGAGCAGCGGCGCCUCUCCCUCACAACCCCCCAGAGCAGCGGCGCCUCUCCCUCACAACCCCCCAGAGCAGCAGCGCCUCUCCCUCACAACCCCCCACAGCAGUGGCGCCUCUCCCUCACAACCCCCCAGAGCAGCGUUGGGUGGGUCAAUUCCUCUCUUCCCCACUCACCCCUCGCUGCUUCGUUUUACUGCUGCCAUUGCUCUGCUCUGCUACUGCCAUGCCCGUUCCCCCCUCCCCACGCACUUGCCACCCAUGCACCCCAUCCCAUCCCAUUCGCCGUGCUCUUCCCCUCCCCUCACCUUGUCUUAUUCCCUGCUCUGUCUCGUCGCCACUGCUUGCACUUCAACCCCCCUCCCUCCUUCCCUUCCCCUCUUUUACCUCGUUCAAGACUGCCUGCAGACAGAGGGGGACGAGCUGAAAUGACGUGGCAGCUCGUGGUUGGCCUGGUGUUGCGGCACGUGCAACGUGGUGCUGCUGCGGAUGAACGAAGCGGCGCCUCUCCCUCACACCCCUCUACAGCGGCGGUGCCUCUCCCUCACAACCCCCCAGAGCAGCGGCCCCUCUCUUUCACAACCCCCCAGAGCAGCGGCGCCUCUUCCUCACAACCCCCGAGAGCAGCGGCGCCUCUUCCUCACAAUCCCCCAGGGCAGCGGCGCCUCUCCCUCACAACCCCCCAGAGCAGCGGCACCUCUCUUUCACAACCCCCCAGAGCAGUGGCGCCUCUUUUUCACAACCCCCCAGAGCAGCGGCGCCCCUCUCUCACAAACCCCCCAGAGCAGCGGCGUCUCUCCCUCACAACCCCCCACAGCAGUGGCGCCUCUCCCUCACAACCCUCCAGAGCAGCGGAGCCUCUUCCUCACAAUCCCCCAGAGCAGCGGCGCCUCUCCCUCACAACCCUCCACAGCAGCGGCGCGGCGGCGCCUCUCCCUCACAACCCUUGGACAGAGACAUGGUAG